CACGUGAGGCAGAGUGCAGCAUUCGCCUCUAUCCAGCGCCUGCACUUGCAUGCGACAGCACGCUCGUUUGCAAAUACAGCGUCUAAAACAGAGAAUAAGUUUUAAUGGUAAAAUUUAGGAUGCUGGAGUCUUUCUGUUCUUUUUCACCCUUUUUUACCGUGAGACAAAAGCGUAAUUGCAGCGUAUGGGCAGAGCGUACUUUAGUUCGUGGCUGAACGAGAAAGUGCACGCCUGCUUGGGGGUUCAGCACUGAGAAGAUGUAAGAUUAACGACAUCAUUUCCCCAGUGGCUCCAGAAUAAAAAAAAUGCAGAAAGGAGUGCGACUCAAUGAUGGCCAUGUCACCUACUUGGGUCUUUUGGCAAAAAAGGAUGGAACGAGACGGGGAUGUUUGAGCAAAAAGAGCUCGGAUAACACAAAAUGGCACACCAAGUGGUUCGCUUUGCUGCAGAACAUGCUGUUUUAUUUCGAGAACGAGUCCAGCUCUCGACCCUCGGGAUUAUACCUGUUGGAAGGAUGUGUGUGUGACCGGGCACCGUCACCCAAACCCUCGCUGACAGCUAAGGAAUGCUUAGAAAAACAGUACUACUUUACGAUCAGCUUCAACCACGAGAGCCAGAAGCCCCUGGAACUGCGCACGGAGGAUGCCAAGGACUGCGACGAAUGGGUGGCCGCCAUCACGCACGCCAGCUACAGGAACCUGGCCACGGAGCAUGAGGCUCUCAUGCAGAAAUACCUCCAUCUACUCCAGAUUGUGGACACGGAGAAAACAGUUGCCAAGCAACUUCGACAACAAAUCGAGGACGGGGAAAUCGAAAUCGAGCGCCUAAAAUCUGAGAUUGCCGGGCUACUGAAAGACAAUGAGAAGAUCCAGGCCAACCCAGCGACGGCUCCCAGCGAAGACGACUCAGAAAUCAAGAAAAUCAAAAAAGUGCAGAGCUUCCUGCGCGGGUGGAUGUGCAGGCGGAAGUGGAAGACCAUCAUCCAGGACUACAUCCGCUCGCCGCAUGCAGAGAGCAUGCGCAAGCGCAACCAAGUGGUGUUUAGCAUGCUGGAGGCCGAGGCUGAGUAUGUGCAGCAGCUGCACAUCCUUGUCAACAACUUCCUGAGGCCCCUACGCAUGGCUGCCAGCUCCAAGAAGCCGCCCAUCACCCAUGACGACGUCAGCAGCAUCUUCCUGAACAGUGAAACCAUCAUGUUCCUGCACCAGAUCUUCUACCAGGGUCUGAAAGCAAGGAUUGCCAGCUGGCCUACCCUUGUGCUGGCUGACCUCUUUGACAUCCUGCUGCCCAUGCUGAACAUCUACCAGGAGUUUGUGAGGAACCACCAGUACAGCCUGCAGAUCCUGGCUCACUGCAAGCAGAACCGAGACUUCGACAAGCUUCUGAAGCAGUACGAGGCCAAGCCGGACUGCGAGGAGCGCACGCUGGAGACGUUCCUCACCUACCCCAUGUUCCAGAUCCCUCGCUACAUCCUAACUCUCCACGAGCUGCUGGCGCACACCCCACAUGAGCACGUGGAGAGGAACAGCCUGGAAUAUGCCAAAUCAAAACUGGAAGAGCUAUCUAGGAUUAUGCAUGAUGAGGUCAGCGAGACAGAGAAUAUCAGGAAGAACCUGGCCAUCGAGCGCAUGAUCAUUGAAGGCUGCGAGGUCCUCCUGGACACCAGCCAGACGUUUGUCAGACAAGGCUCCCUGAUCCAAGUGCCUAUGACUGAGAAAGGCAAGAUUCCUCGGGGGCGUCUGGGCUCGCUGUCGCUGAGGAAGGAGGGCGAGAGGCAGUGCUUCCUCUUCUCAAAACACCUGAUCAUCUGCACCAGAGGCUCUGGGGGCAAACUACACCUCACCAAGAAUGGUGUGGUGUCUCUCAUCGACUGCACCCUGAUGGAGGAGCCAGAGGGCACCGAUGAUGAAUCGAAACCGGACAAGAGCGGGCAGGACAUGGAGCACCUCGAUUUCAAGGUCAUCGUGGAGCCCAAAGACGGCCAGUCGUUCACGGUCAUCCUGGUGGCCUCCUCGCGUCAGGAGAAGACAGCCUGGACCAGUGACAUUAGCCAGUGCAUCGACAACAUCCGCUGCAAUGGGCUCAUGAUGAAUGCCUUUGAGGAAAACUCUAAAGUCACCGUUCCACAGAUGAUCAAGUCUGAUGCCAGCCUGUACUGCGACGACGUGGACAUCCGCUUCAGCAAGAUGAUGAACUCCUGCAAGGUGCUGCAGAUCCGCUACGCCAGUGUGGAGCGGCUUCUCGAGCGGCUGACGGACCUGCGCUUCCUCUCCAUCGACUUUCUCAACACCUUCCUGCAUUCCUACCGCGUCUUCACCAACGCCGAUGUGGUGCUGGACAAGCUCAUCGCCAUCUACAAGAAGCCCAUCAGCGCCAUCCCCGCCAGAUCCCUAGAACUGUUCUUCGCCAGCAGCCAAAACAACAAACUCCUUUACGGAGAGCCUCCGAAAUCUCCACGGGCGAGCCGCAAGUUCUCCUCCCCUCCCCCGCUCUCCAUCGGCAAGUCCUCGUCCCCUAAUCGCCGGCGCAAGCUCUCGCUCAACAUCCCUAUCAUCACGGGUGGAAAGGCCCUGGACCUGGCUGCUCUCAGCUGCUCUCCCAACGGCUACACCAGCAUGUACUCCUCCGUGUCGCCAUUCAGCAAGACCUCGCUGGAUAUCAGCAAGCUCUACAUCUCCAGCAGCGUGUCCAGCAAGAUCCCUGAUGAGGGCGAGGCCAAAGCUGACAGGACUGAAGAGUCCGCCCGCUGCAAACAGGAUAACUCAGUUAGAGAGGAGUGCGAUGUCGACCAAAACCAGAGUGAUGAUGCAGAGACGGACACGUCGCCCACCAAGUCACCCACUACUCCUAAAAACGUCAAAAGCAAAAGUUCCUCAGAAUUCUCUCUGUUCUCCUACAACAAUGGCAUGGUGGUGUCAUCCUGCCGCGAGCUGGACAACACGCGCAGUGCCCUGUCCGCCGCCUCGGCUUUUGCUAUUGCCACCGCCGGCGCCAACGAAGGCACUCCCACCAAGGAGAAAUACCGUCGCAUGUCGCUGGCCAGCACAGGUUUUCCCACCGACCAGAGAAACGGCGAUAAGGAAUUCGUGAUCCGACGGGCCGCCACCAACAGGGUCCUCAACGUUCUCCGGCACUGGGUGUCCAAGCAUUCGCAGGACUUUGAGAGCAACACGGAGCUGAAACAGAAGGUGAUCAGCUUCCUGGAGGAGGUCAUCCACGACCCUGAGCUCCUGACCCAGGAGAGGAAAGCAGCGGCCAACAUCAUCAGAACACUGACCCAAGAGGACCCGGGGGACAGCCAGAUUAGUUUGGAGGAGGUGACACAGCUGGCGGAGGCUGGGAAGGCGGAACCCUUCGAGAACCACUCCGCCCUGGAGAUCGCUGAGCAGCUCACCCUGCUCGAUCACCUGGUCUUCAAGGUCAUUCCUUAUGAGGAGUUCUUUGGACAAGGCUGGAUGAAGAAUGACAAAAGUGAGCGAACCCCCUACAUUAUGAAGACCACGAAACAUUUCAAUGAUAUAAGCAAUCUGAUCGCCACGGAGAUCCUGCGCUGCGAUGAGGUGAACGCGCGGGUGGCGGUGAUGGAGAAGUGGGUGGCGGUGGCCGACAUAUGCCGCUGCCUGCACAACUACAACGCAGUGCUGGAGAUCACCUCGUCCCUCAACCGCAGCCCCAUCUUCCGCCUGAAGAAGACCUGGCUCAAAGUGUCCAAGCAGACAAAGACGGUGAUCGACAAGCUACAGAGGCUGGUAUCAUCUGAGGGCAGGUUCAAGAACCUGAGAGAGGCUUUGAAGAACUGUGACCCUCCCUGCGUCCCCUACCUGGGGAUGUACCUCACAGAUCUGGCCUUCAUUGAAGAGGGGACACCAAACUACAUAGAGGACAACCUGGUCAACUUCUCCAAGAUGAGGAUGAUUUCCCACAUCAUAAGAGAAAUCAGACAGUUUCAACAGACGGCUUAUAAGAUUGACUACCAGCCAAAGACUUCUCAGUAUCUGCUGGACCAGAGCUCAGUGCUGGAUGAAGAAAGCUUGUAUGAAGAAUCGCUGAGGAUUGAGCCCAAAAUGCCAACCUAGGAAGGGUGAUGCUUUCUCUGAAGCCUGUUCACUGUACAGACACUAUAUCACAUGUACAUAAACUGUUUCUUUGUGUUAGAUCAUCUUAGACAUCCUUUUACUGUGUGUCUGAAAGGACCCCCUGUAUCCUUCUGAAUAAAACUUGUGUAGAAAAACAGGCUUUUGUACACAUGGAGGCAGGGGAGCUGAGGAAAUCAUUUUGAAGCUCAUUUCCUGUAUAUGGUUUGCCUGCUUUUUAUCAUAUAGUCUGCCAUAUCAUUUUCUUUUUCACGUUUUCACCACAGUUAAAAUUCCAAAGGAUAAGAAAGAUGUUACCAAUCAUGGCGGUUCUUAAUGGUUCUCAGCAGUGUGUCUUUAAAUUUAGUUUGCAGAAUGUGUAUUUUAAUAUUCGACCACUUUAAAAAAUUAUUUCUACACCACAUUUUUUUUUUAUGUAGGACUCAACCUUGCAUGUUAAUCGGUUUCCUUAUUUUUAUUUAAGUGUUUAAUCAAGUUACGGCAGCCAAUGUAGCAAUUUAGAAAAGAAAAGGUUUAAAACCAGGAUAAACUAUGAAGAUAUAUUUAUACCAAUAAAUAAACCGAGUGAUACCAAAACAUGUGCAUGCCCAGAAUGAACAGUCAGAAGCAGCUGGUGAAAUCUCCACCAACUAAUUUGCCGUUCUUGUGAUUUACUGCUUAUCACUGAGUCAGCUGUGAUAUGUAAUCUGUAAAAAUCCCACUAUUUAUAUUUUUUGUGUCAGUCCCAGCUGGUUGGGAUAUUAAAUCAUAUAAUUCUCAGAUACAUGCCUAUUAUGUUUCUUUCUGGAUCCACAUCAUAGGUUGUUGCUACUCAAGUUUUUUUUUCUUGAUUUAUUUUUUUUUUUAUUCUCGUAAUACACCUUCCUAGGCAGGUAUUUAACGUACUUGCAGUUUGCUGUAGGGCAACAGGGGGUGUCGAAGUUAGGGGCAUGAAUGGGUUGCCUUUUCCCAGAAGAUGCCCUGCUAUAGCACCCUUAAGCAAGGUCCUGAGUCUGAAUUGCUUCAGUAAAACAUUCAGCUGUAUGCAUUUGUGAAAAUCAUCUCAUUGAACUGAUGAGAUCUGUAAAUGAAUUAACCAGCAGAUCGAAGUCCCUGGUUUCACUGGGCACGCUGACAAUUUUAAUAUACAAUGUAACUAGCUGGACUAAAAAUGCCUGUUUCUUGUGACAAAGUGUUUCAAGGGUUUUGCAUGUCUGAUGUGUUGACAAGUGAUUCUUUUGUCCCAAAUGAACCCAGUUAAAUUUGUUAAUGAGCUGUAAAACAGUUUGGUUAUUUAAGACGCAGUUGAUCAUCACAAUGUCCUUAUGUUGUCCCCAUUUGGGACAUUGAAACAGCCAAAGUCAAAAUGCCAUUUAGAAAAAUAGGUAAAUAAGUGACAAUGAAGUAUUUCUUUUUGGCAAUAAUGUGUUUUUUUUUCCAUAAUUAUUUUCAGGAAAUGUUUGUUUGUGAAGCAGAAUACAUAAAUAUAUUUAAUCCUGUAGUUUUUCUAACAUUGUCAAAGCUCAUUUUCUUAUUUGUAUUGGGGGAGAAGUAUAUGUAAAAGUAUAGAAAAAUUAAAUCAUUAACACAUUUAUAAUAACAUGACUAUGGAGUACCAAGUAUACAUACAUAUGUAUGUAUAAAUAUCUAUGUAUGAAAGACAAGAUCUGAAAGACAAUCUGCUGUUUGUAAUUGUUCUUCCAAUAACACAAAUAAUGACUCACGUCGCCAAAUGGGUUAUCAAAGAACACUAUUGAUCAAUUAACGAGUCCUUCUUAAACAGCAUUUGAAAUGUCAUUUAUAACGAGGCUGAAGUCUGGAUAAUAGAAUAGAUUCUACGUCUUUGAGCGAAUAUUUUGUACACACUUUGCGAUCCACCUGAUAGAAAUGUCAUGCUGUAUAUUUUGUACAUGCAGCCUUAUAUAUUUCUUAAUGUGUAACAGUGUGAAGCACAUCUCUUUACAGUAGUGUAUCCUGACAAGCUUAAAACCCAAAAUGCUAAGCAGUUUGUGAUAUUUAGAACUAUGAUUUAGAAGUAGACGAUGACUUUCAAGUGUUUUGCAUAUACUGUAAUCCUGUCUAUAAGUACUCUCUUAGCAGGAAUAUAGUAACGUAGUGCUUCUUCUGUUAAUAUUUGUAGGAUUUUUACAAUGUACAGUAUAGGAAGACACUCGACGCUCACGUGCCAGGCAUGCUCCACUGUAACAGUCUUUAAAAUAAAACUAUAUAUAGAUAUACAUACUAAACACACGUAUACAUGCACAUCUACUUCUAUAUUCACAUAUAAACUAACAUUUUGCUGUGAGCAAUACCCACUGGUAUGAGAAUUAUCUUUCAAUUCUUCAAGUUUAUUUCCACAGCUCGAGAAAUAUUUUCAGUUUUGUAUUAAAAUGUAUGUUUCCUGAUUACCUCUUGCUAAUAAAUCUAUUCUAUCUCAGGGGGAA